GCGGGUCUGCAACAGGCAGGUUCUCGUUUUAGCGUCUGAGGCGCGCGGGGGGGAUCAGGCGGACAAUGUUCCCCCGACCAUCGUUUGGCCAACCCAUGGGCCCUGGGCUCACUGGCCAGUCGUUGCUCGGCGUUCCAAUCAAGCUGGAGCUCCCCACAGCAACAACAGUGUGCAUAAGCCACGACAGCGGCCCCGAUAAUAGGUAAGCUACACUGUCACUGCUGGGGGGUCCGUCAUGUUUCAUUUAUUACGUCCGCGAGCUCCCUCCUGCCGUCUGCCACACCUUAACGCCGAGCUCCAACCUCCCAUCAACACACCAUCCUCUCUCCCUCCAUCUUUCAUUUCUCUUCGCCCAUUUCCCCGUCGGAUCACAUCACUUUCCUUCAUCAUUCCCAUCUAGAAUCCCAUCACCGAAGCUUGCGCCAUCAAUUUCCCUUGAGCUCCUCGCCCAUCAUGAGGUUCUCGACCUCCGCCCUUGUCCUCGGCGCCGCCUCAACCGCGGUAGCCCUGGACCAGCAGGUCCUCGGUGGCAACGACGGCCCCUUUGACAGCAUCAAAGUCGCCGGCCAGGAAUGGCUCUCCGUCUUUGAGGAGAAGUUCGGCAAGAUGACCACAGAGGUCAAGGCCGUCUGGGACGAGAUCACCCUGCUCGCCCCUGAUGCCGUCGAGUCCUUCAAGAAGAACGCCAUCCCCCCCAAGCCAAAGCCCGCCCACCGCAAGUCCGACAAGAAGUGGGACCACGUCGUCAAGGGCGCCGAUGUCCAGAGUAUGUGGGUUGAGAAGAACGGAGAGAAGCAUCGCAAGAUCGCUGGCGACCUUAAGAACUUCAACCUGCGCGCCAAGAAGGUCGAUCCGGCUGCCCUUGGCAUCGACAAGGUCAAGCAGUACAGUGGUUACCUCGACGACGAGGAGAACGACAAGCAUCUCUUCUACUGGUUCUUCGAGUCCCGCAACGACCCCAAGAACGACCCGGUCGUCUUGUGGCUUAACGGCGGCCCUGGCUGCUCUUCCCUGACCGGUCUCUUCAUGGAGCUCGGCCCCGCUUCCGUUGACAAGAAGCUCAAGGUCGUCAGCAACGACUGGUCGUGGAACAACAACGCCUCCGUCAUCUUCCUCGAUCAGCCCGUCAACGUCGGCUACUCCUACUCCGGCUCCUCCGUCUCCAACACGGUCGCCGCCGGCAAGGACGUUUACGCCCUGCUCUCCCUUUUCUUCCACCAGUUCCCAGAGUACUCCAAGCAGGACUUCCACAUUGCCGGCGAGUCGUACGCCGGCCACUACAUUCCCGUCUUCGCCUCGGAGAUUCUCUCCCACGAGGACCGCAACAUCAACCUCAAGAGUGUUCUGAUUGGUAACGGUCUGACCGACGGCCUGACCCAGUACGGCUACUACCGCCCCAUGGCUUGCGGCGAGGGCGGCUACCCCGCUGUUCUCGACGCCGGCGAGUGCCAGGCCAUGGAUAACGCUCUCCCCCGUUGCCAGAGCCUGAUCAAUAACUGCUACGAAUCCGGCAGCGUCUGGUCUUGCGUCCCCGCCAGCAUCUACUGCAACAACGCUCUUAUCGGCCCCUACCAGCGCACUGGCCAGAACGUCUACGACAUCCGCGGCAAGUGCGAGGACAGCAGCAACCUCUGCUACUCCGCUCUUGGCUGGAUCAGCGAGUACCUCAACCAGGAUGAGGUCAAGGAGGCUCUCGGUGCCGAGGUCGACAGCUACGACAGCUGCAACUUCGACAUCAACCGCAACUUCCUUUUCGCCGGUGAUUGGUUCCAACCCUUCCACCGUAUCGUCCCCAAGCUUCUUGAGAAGAUCCCUGUUCUCAUCUACGCUGGCGACGCCGACUACAUUUGCAACUGGCUCGGUAACCGUGCCUGGACCGAGGCCCUCGAAUGGCCUGGCCAAAAGGGCUUCAACAAGGCUGAGGUCAAGAGUCUGGCCGUUGGCAAGGGUAAAGAGUACGGCAAGGUCAAGUCCAGCGGCAACUUCACCUUUAUGCAGAUCUACGGCGCCGGCCACAUGGUACCCAUGGACCAGCCCGAGGCCUCGUCCGACUUCUUGAACCGUUGGCUUGGCGGCGAGUGGGUUGCAUAAAUGCACCCACAGUAUGAUAAGUCUAUGUACGAGAUGGAAGAUGGAACGGCGUGGAGGAUACUGUUGCAACAGUGAACGCUCAAAUUGGUUCGUUGUACAUGACUUGGGUAUGUUGGUUUGCCAAUACGGAAGGACCCGGUUAUACAAGUGUCAUCAGCAGCGCCAGUAUCAGACCGGCGCGGUAGAGAUUUAGCUAUAUGGUUAGAACAAGAAAUUUUUUUUUU